GACUUCCAGUGGCUCUAUGUGCAUUGUAUCUUGCAUCCAAUGCAAAUACUUGUUGUUGCAAAGCUGUGGUCAUUAUAUUUCAUUAAUCAACUUAAAGAAGCAAACGCUACUAGUUUCAAUAAUUUAUAUUUUAUUGUAUAAAACAGUUUUAGUUAAUAAUUUCCGUAUUUUUAUUUUCGAUUGGUACACACAAAAUACAAAUAAACAAAAAUCAGCUGAGCACUGUAACAAUCAGCUACUAAUUUUUGGGUUAGAAUGUCAAUGUCAGGCUAGAUAGAUUCGUCUUUGCUAGAUUCUAAUGAGACUCCAAUAUUGAGGCAUAGAGGCAAACCUCCAUGGGUUGAUCCUGAUGCAGUUUUGAGUUCUGACACACAGGCAUAGAUUAGGUAUUUUUCAGUUUCCAACAUUCAAGGAGAUACCGACUUCCAACCUUAGGAUACCCAAAUAUGUUUAUUGAGAUUUGUUCACUAAUUUGUGUCUCAGCAUUAUGGGGUCUCACAAAUCCAAUAAUUAAACGAAAUUCGAAAUCAAUCACAAAAAUAAAGGCUGACUUAUGGACAAAGCAGUUGCUGUUAGAAAUGAAAUAUUUAAUAACAAAUUUUCAAUACAUAAUUCCAAUGGCAAUCAACCAACUAGGAUCAGUGCUAUACUUUUUCACUUUACAGCAUGUGGACUUAACUUUAUCAGUACCGUUGGCCAACUCCUUGACAUUUAUAUUCACUGCUAUCGCUGGUUUUUAUCUUGAAGAAAAUCUUCCUAGCAAAAGAAGUUUACUAGGAAUGAUAUUAAUUUUAUUUGGGACGUUUUUGUGUUGUUAUGAUAGGCAUAAGUAAACCAGAUUAGGUAUUUCUUUAUUUUGUUAAUAAACUAUAAAAACUAAAUCACUUACAUGUUUUUCUUCUCUUUAUUUAUUCUCCUAUUAAAUUUUUCUUACAAUGAAAA